UCAGCCUUGUGCGCCGCCCACCGGCAUCAUCGAAAGCGCAGCACAGCGCAGCGCAGCACAGCCUAUACAUAUAACCUCUUGAGGUUGCCCAUCAUGAUUCCAAUCUUCAGUUUUGCGCAUGUCAUGCUUGUGAAGCCUAUACAUCAUGGAAAAAGACGGAAUAUUUGCGGACUUCGAUGAUCGGGCUACAUAUGAAGCCAGCCUCGAUCGAGCGGGACACAAAAAGAGUCGCAACUUUGUUGUCGAGUUCGGUAAACUUGAGGCUCAGAUAGCCUUUGAUUUGAACGCAGAUCAAGUGGAAAGGCUGCUAGAUAAACCUUCCACGCCAGCCGAGCGCGAACGACCUCCUGUGCGGUGGAUGUAAGUGGUGAUGCCAAAUUUUGAAGAGCGUUUGCUAAUAUGCUAUAGCAAUAUCUGGGGGCCAAACCGACAGACUGAUAUAAUCGAUGUUCUUGCACGUCGAUAUGGCUUCUCUCCAAGGCUUUUGGCUAUUAUUAAAACUCUGCCACCAAUCAAUAACUCGAGUCGCAAGGAUCAUCGAGUUAGUUACAAGGAAAGAUUGUUCGAAAGAGAUGAUAUCGAAACAGGCAGAGCGAGUAUGAAUGUGCCCAGAGUACAUGCGACUCAAGGAACUACAAGCCAUUACACCAUUGCGCAGCAAAUGAUCAACUAUCAAUCCGUCGAUGUCGGGGCACGCUUCAUGUGUGUUGGCGCAAACUGGAUGCAUGAGAUCGACCCACCCCCAAUAGGGGAAACCGAUAGUCCAAUAAUUCAGAACUCUUUCAGAGAUACAACCCAAUGUAGGCUCUGGUCAUGGCUUAUACUUUGCGAUGAUAAUACAGUCAUAGCUGUACACGAAGAUACCAUACCAAUUGCGAAGACGAAGAAGGAUGUGAAAUCAAUGCGUGGAAACACUCUGAGCGUUUUGAGCCAGUUGUCUAAGUCGGGACAUGAGGCAGCAGAUCCAAUAUCUAUGCAGACUGUCCGACAAGUUCUGGAUUUGAACACGACUCAUCCAAACAAUGGUAUUGAAGGAGCAAGCAACCUUUUUUACUAUCUAUUCGAUGACUGGCGAGCUGUCUACAAAACGGUGGCUUUUUUCAGAGGAAGCUUGCAACAGUUAGAAAGUUCUAUAUUUGAAGACAUGAGAAGAAAGUCCAACAAAGGUCCUGAUAUGAAUAUUAUUCCUCAUCUUCAUUUCCUCAGCAAGAGAAUUCGUCAGAUGCAGCAUUUGUACAAAGGCUACCAUAACCUCAUAACGCGGAUAUUGGAGCCCAAACCCUUUAGUACGUGGGAAACCGGCACGACUGAUGGCUCUUUUACGUCUCAAAACGGGAGAAGUGGAGUUAAACUAGCGGCAUCGGCAAGUCAAAGAUUUGAAAGACUGGGCGACCGUUUGCAACUAUUAAUUUUGAGCGAAACGGGUGAAUUUCUGGCUGAGAAAGAUGCGCUCAGUAACACUGUAAGACCUCUUUUCCUCUAUCGCCCAAAGUUUUGAAGAAGCUAACACAUUUCAAGUAUUUCAGCAUCAAUUCUCAAAAAGACUCUCAAGCCACGGCACGUCUAAAUCGCUCGGCUACUUUACUCGCCAAACUUUCGGUUCUUUUCCUUCCCGUAUCACUUAUGACCUCUUACUUCUCUACUCAACUUAGCGAUAUUGAGAACAAGUAUUCACUGUAUGAUUACUGGGUCGGUUUUGCAGUGGUGGUAUCUGCAUCAUUUGUGUGCUUGUUCUUCUUCAGCAAAUUGUUGAUGUGGGUAACAGAGACAUUAGAUAUAUGGGCGAAGAACAUAGGAAAGACAUCUAGACAUUUUUUUGUUAGUUGUCUGAGGAGCAUGGAUAGGAAGAAAAUUAAGCCUAAGGGAGAGAGAACUAUUCAUGGUAAAGAGGAUGAUGAUAUGGAAGAUGAAUAAUGUGAUGUGGUCAAUGAUCUGGAUUGGGUAUAUGGGUUCGAAUUCUAGGCAAAAUUUUCGAAAGGGAAAUGGAAUGGGAAAUUGACAUGGACUGUAUUAUAAUUAAUGGUUUGGGCUAAAAACGGCUGGGUAUGGUUUUUCCUUUUCGACAGUUCGCCUAUGCGAUAUCGAUGGAUUAUAUCCAGUGUAUUGAAUGUAUGAUAAUUACCUAUUUUGGCUGGGGAUAUAGGAUAUAGGUUUAUAUAGCAAUAGAUCAGAGACUCCUAAUAAUUACAGUCAAAUUUC